CUUGGGCCAAGGUUCAGGCUGGUUACACCGUGGCAGGAUCUGUUCUGAAGAGUACGUGCUGCAGUAGUGGGCACAGUAUGCUGGCCAAGGGGCUUUCGCUGAACUCGGUGCUGGUCAGAGGCUGCCAGGCUUUCCUGAGCACCAGCCGGCAGGGCCUAGCAAAUCAUCCCAAGAUGCUCCCUAGAGGAGUGGCUGGCACCUCUGCCUGCCGUCCUCGCCCCUUCCAGGAGAUCCCUUCCCCAGGUGACAAUGGUUGGCUAAACCUGUACCAUUUGUGGAGGGAGAAAGGCUCUUACCACAUCCAUUAUCAUCAUGUCCAGAAUUUCCAGAAGUAUGGCCCCAUUUACAGGGAGAAACUUGGCACCGUGGAGUCGGUUUAUAUCAUGGACCCCGAGGAGGCAGCUUUGCUCUUCAAGGUCGAGGGGCCCCACCCCGAGCGCUACCUCAUUCCGCCCUGGGUGGCUUAUCACCAGUACUACCAGAGGCCCAUCGGUGUCCUGUUCAAGAAGUCGGAAGCCUGGAAGAAAGACCGUGUGGUCCUGAACCAGGAGGUGAUGGUGCAGGAGUCCAUCAGGAACUUUGUGCCCCUGCUGGAGCCGGUGUCCCAGGACUUCGUCAGCCUCCUACACAGGCGCAUCCAGCAGCAGAACUCCGGAACGUUCUCAGGGGACAUCAGUGAUGACCUCUUCCGCUUUGCCUUUGAGUCCAUCACCAACCUCAUAUUUGGGGAGCGGAUGGGGAUGCUGGAGGAAGUCGUGGACACAGAGGCCCAGCGGUUCAUCAAUGCCAUCUACCAGAUGUUCCACACCAGCGUGCCCAUGCUCAUCCUGCCCCCGGGCCUCUUCCGGCUCUUCAGGACCAAGACCUGGAGAGACCACGCAGCUGCCUGGGAUGUGAUUUUCAAUAAAGCCGACACAUACACCAAGAACUUCUACUUAGACUUGAGACAGAAGAAAGACUUUGAGAACAAGUACCCUGGCAUCCUCCACAGCCUCCUGGGAAGUAACAAGCUGCCCUUCCAGAACAUUCAGGCCAACAUCACCGAGAUGUUGGCAGGAGGUGUGGACACAACAUCCAUGACCCUCCAGUGGCACUUGUAUGAGAUGGCUCGCAACCUCAAGGUGCAGGCCAUGCUGCGGGAGGAGGUGCAGGCUGCUCGGUGCCAGGCCCAGGGGGACAUGACAAAGAUGCUGCAGCUGGUGCCGCUGCUCAAGGCCAGCAUCAAGGAGACACUGAGACUGCACCCCAUCUCUGUGACCCUGCAGAGAUAUGUUUCGAGUGACUUGAUUCUCCAUGACUACUUGAUUCCAGCCAAGACACUGGUGCAGGUUGCCAUCUAUGCCAUGGGCCGGGAACCCAGCUACUUCGCCAACCCCAUCAUUUUUGACCCAACCCGGUGGCUGGACAAGGACAAGAACACUACCCACUUCCGGUACUUGGGCUUCGGGUGGGGUGUGCGGCAGUGUCUCGGCCGGCGGAUUGCAGAGCUGGAAAUGACCAUCUUCCUCAUCUAUGUGCUGGAGAACUUCAGGAUUAAAUUGCAACGGUUAACAGACGUGGGCACCAAGUUCAACCUCAUCCUCAUGCCUGAGCAGCCCAUCUACUUCACCUUUCUGCCCUUCAAAGAGGACGCUGCCCAGGUGUGAUUGCAGAGUGUGGCACUGCCCCCUACUGACCAGGCUGCAGUCAUGUGGGCAAUGGCCUGGUGGGAGCCACUGGGCCUCAUAUGUGCAGUUUUGUGUCCCCACUGCUUCAGGGCAUGUGGUUUGGCUCAGUGCUCCCCUGCCUCCCCCCUCUGGCCCACUUUUCCCCUUCUCUUACCCUGGGAAGACAAUAAAUAGCUGAACUAUG